GCAAGAUGGCGGCGCCCAGGCUGCCUCCGGCCCGGCUGUCGGGCGUCAUGCUACCCGCGCCCAUCCAGGACCUGGAGGCGCUCCGCGCGCUGACCGCGCUCUUCAAGGAGCAACGCAAUCGGGAGACAGCACCCCGCAGUAUCUUCCAGAGAGUCCUGGGUAUCCUGAAGAAGUCUUCUCAUGAUAUUGAGCUGGCCUGCAGAGAGCCCUCCCAGGCAGAAUCCCUGGGCUCCAGCCUGCAGCUCGUCACAGAGUGUUUCCGGUGUCUCCGCAAUGCUUGCAUUGAGUGCACCCUGAACCAGGAUUCCAUCAGAAACCUGGAUACGAUCGCCGUUGCUGUUGAUUUGAUUCUUCUUUUCCGUGAGCUGCAGACGGAGCAGGAAUCCCUGUUGACAGCUUUCCGCUGCGGCCUGCAGUUUUUAGGCAACGUCGCCUCACGGAACGAGGAGUCCCAGUCUGCUGUUUGGGCGCGUGCUUUCCCAGAACUCUUCUUCACUUGCUUAAACCAUCAUGACAAAAAGAUUGUGGCCUACUGUUCGAUGAUCAUGUUCACAACCCUCAAUAUGGAGCGCAUGCGCGAGCUGCAGGAGAACCUCAAUGUCGCCAUCGGGGUCAUCGAAGCCCACCAAGUGCAGCCCGAGUCAGAGUGGCCGUUCUUGGUUGUCACGGACCAUUUUUUGAAAGACCCGGAAUUGGUAAAAGCCAUGUUUGCCAAGCUGAGCAACCAAGAAAGGGUGACAUUUCUGGACCUGAUGAUAGCCAAGAUCCUGAGUGAUGACUCCCUGACCACGGAUGACGUCCCUGUGUUCCUGAGCCACGCAGAGCUGAUGGCCGGCUCCUUUGUGGACAACUGCAGGAGUGUGCUAAAAAUCACUUCAGAGCAUCAAACUGAGGAUGAGGAGGUUCUGGCAGUGAUCCGACUUCUUGAUGUCCUUUGUGAAAUGACUGCUAAUAAUGACCUGCUCGUCUACCUGCAGGGUUAUCCUGGCUUGCUGGAAAGAGUAAUCGAUCUUUUACGACUGGUUCACGUAGCUGGGAACGACACUACAAGCCCCUUUGCUGCUGCCGGCUGUAUCAAAGCCGAGUGUGACGUCUCCAGUGUGGCCGAUGGGUUUAAGUCUCAUCUCCUCCGUUUGAUUGGGAAUCUGUGCUACAAGAACAAAGAGAACCAAGAUAAGUCACACCACGCGUGCAUGGUAGAGCCAGGCUUGGACUCCACCACACCCGCUUGUCAAUCUCCACACCUGCAUGCCUGCCUGGACAUCCCCGCCACCUGCCCGUGUGAGCGACCUGGACGGCGUGCCGCUGAUCCUGGACAGCUGUGGCAUCGACGACAACAACCCCUUUCUGACCCAGUGGGUGGUGUAUGCCAUCCGAAACCUCACGGAGGACAACAGCCGAAACCAGAAUCUGAUCGCAGAGAUGGAGCAGCAGGGCCUGGCCAGCGUGUCCGCCCUCACCAAGCUGGGCUUCGAGGUGGAAAAGCAGGGUGACAAGCUGAUCCUGAAGUCUGCCAGCCAGCAGUGAACACCCAGCUACCUGAAGUUUUGGACUCUGCCUCAUUGAUUCUUCGUGUUCUACAGUUCGUGAAACUCCAAGUGUGUGAAGAUGUGCAAGUACAAAUUCGGGAACAUGUAAUCUCUUAGAGAGUAGAGUUCAAUGUAUAUAAGCCUAAAUGUGUAAGUAGACAAGUCUUCUGUUGUUUCUCUGCUUUGAAAACCUAGCUGUCUGUCUGCCUUUGUCUCCGUGGACGCAGCGUGUAUUGAAGUCAUACAUUGUACUGACCGUGGCCGCAGAGAAUAAAGUCUCCUGGAGGACACACCCCUUGUUUGGCAGAGA